AUGGGCAAAGGACGAAGGGGAAGCGGCGUAACGCUAGCUAGUAGUCCGCAUCGGCUGGAGCAACACGAGGCUGAGGGAGGAUGGCGUGGCAGGAUCAGAGUGUUAUCGUCGUCAACGCUUGGAGCGGCGGCCACCAAGGAAGACGGUGGGCGAAUAGUAGCCCUGACGGAGGAGGACUUCCGCAAGAGUGGCUUCCGGUCGAGAGAGCUCGUCGCCGUCCUGGCUGGCCCGAGCAGACUUAUUUCGGGGCGUAUCUGUUGUCUCCCGUCGGCCGCGCUGCGUCCGGGUGGCGUCGGCCUGAGCUCCGCCUCGGCCCAAAGCCUGCUCGGUUGCGACACCGAAGAUGCAGCGGGAGCAGGAGGGGAAGGCGCCCGAGUGCGGGUCCGCCGUUUGUCCGACACGUCCGCUACGAUAGUAACGGCCAGCUCGUUGGAUCUUGUCUUGGAGGCCGGCGUUGGGUUGCCAGGCGGGCGGAGUGGGGGCGGGGGGCGUCCGGUGGCGCAGCAGGGGUCGCUGUCGACGACAUCGCCCCGUGUGUACCUACAGAGGCUGGCGGCGGGUAGAAUGGCGCUGCUGCAACGGGCGGCGGGGUAUUGUGCCUACGGGACUCACGCGCGGGAGGGUGACAUGCUGUCGGUGUCGUUCGAAGGCGUACCCCACCUCUUUCGGGUGGCGACACUUGAACCGCCCAUUCCUAGCCGUCAGCAUACAGCAGCAGUAGCGACCGCAGCAGCCAAAGUGAAAGCGUCAGAGGCUGACGAUGUCACUGGCGCCUCUCUCGUGGCGCCGUUGGCGGCCCUUUCAGUAUCCGAGCCGCGCGUUGCAGAGUCAACGCCCGGGAAAACGGCGACGGUGGCGCCGCCGCCGCCUCCUGUCGCAGCGCCAGCCGAUCAUGGGCAAGUCGGUACGGCAACAGGAGUGCCAGCAGUACUAACGGACAGUGCCAACGGAAGCAGCGCGGAGCCACGAAGAGAGGACAGCCCGACGGCGGUGGCGCGUGUGCGCUUGGAGGCGUUCUACCGGGAGCACAACCCGGACAAGCUCGUAGGCGGCGACAUCGACGGCAUUCUCGAAAAGUAUGCCGGGCGCGAAGAAACCCUCUUCGCCAAGCUAGAAAAGAAGUACGGCGCCGGAUCAUCUCUGCUGCGAACGACGACGGCGGGCGGGAACACCGGGACGGAGAGACAGCAGCAACAGCAGCAGCAGGCGCAAUCGGUUACGAUGCCGGGGACUCCUGCUGGAUCUGGCUCCUUCUCCACUGGUUCAGGACAACAAUCCUCGCCGGCAAACGUUCUUGGAAGACGGAUCGCAGGAGGACCGCACCCUUCAGGAACCCCGUCAGCGCUGCGCCAACGGUUUGAAAACCGUGACGGCAGCGGUGGGCGUAGGGGCGAUGAACCUACCGGAAUUCGAUCGUGGGGUGCUGGCGAGACGCUCUGGUUCGUCGCCGCGGACACGUCGAUUCGGCUUUCGGCCGCCGACGUUCGUUCGCCGGAAGACGAUGAUGGCGGGACAAGGUUGCAGACAACUGCAGACCCCUCCGGCACGAAACGCGCGCUUGGUGGUGGCGGAUGUUCUCAACAAAGAGGGGCGGGAGGCGGCACACCACGCGACGGCGAUUGGGGAUCCGUGGGGGGGCUCUCGUCCCAGAUCCAGCAGCUCAGGGAGGCCAUCGAGUUGCCCCUGACAUCCCCAGACAUUCUACGGAAAUACGGAGUUCGCCCUCCUCGAGGCGUUCUGCUUCAUGGACCGCCGGGGACUGGGAAGACCACGCUAGCUAGGGCGGCGGCGAAGGCGUGCGGGUGCCAUGUUAUCGUCGUCAACGGCUCGGAGCUGAUGUCAAGGUUUGUGGGCGAAAGCGAGGGCGCGCUUCGCCAGAGGUUCGCGGAGGCCUCGCGUUGCGCGCCGUGCCUGAUCGUGUUCGACGAGAUAGACACGCUUUGCCCCCGGCGGGACCAGGCCAGCAGCGAGGCGCAGCGCAGGGUGGUCUCCACCAUGCUGGCUCUGAUGGACGGGGUGGACGCUCAAGAACAGUUCGUUCGCUGCCCAUCCGCCCGACGUCGCGAGGUGGUGGUGAUUGCGUGCACGAACAGGCCUCAAGCGCUUGAUCCCGCCCUGCGAAGGCCCGGUCGCUUGGACAGCGAGGUAGAGAUCGGCGUCCCUGAUGCAGCUGGCCGGGCCGAGAUCCUCGAAGUCUUGCUGCGCGGGGUCCCCCACACCAUGGCGGACGCGAACAACUCUCCGGGCGGCGAAGGCGGAAGAGGCGAGGCCAACAGCAAGAGCGGCCCAAGCGGAGAGGUGAAAGAGCUCGCCGCUCGCACGCACGGCUUCGUGGGCGCGGACUUGCAGCUCUUGGUGAAGGAAGCGGCUCUGCAGGCGCUUCGGAGGACUCGGGGCGGCGGUAAUUGGGGAAGUAUUUCUGCGAGGGCUGGCUGUAGUGACGCCGGCGUCGAGGAGGGGGAGAGUACGAGCGCGGAGGGACUGCCAACCCUGACGGCCGCGGAUUUUCGGGCGGCGUUGCCGUUGGUGGCUCCAAGUGGGCUGAGGGAGGUAGCGGUGGAGGUCCCGAGCGUUAAGUGGGGGGACAUCGGGGGCAUGGAGGGCGUCAAGCAGAGCUUGAGGGAGGUGGUGGAAUGGCCACUCAGGCACCCGGAGGCGUUCUUGAGGAUGGGCAUGUCGCCGCCUCGAGGCGUGCUGCUGUACGGCCCCCCAGGCUGCAGCAAGACGCUCAUGGCAAGGGCGCUGGCGACGGAAUCUGGCAUGAAUUUCCUCGCCGUGAAGGGUCCUGAGCUGCUGAGCAAAUGGCUGGGUGAGUCAGAGCGAGCCAUGCAAGCUCUCUUCAAGAGGGCCCGAGCGGCCGCGCCAACGAUUAUUUUUUUCGACGAAGUGGACGCUCUCGCUUGCAAGCGAGGAGGCGGCGGGGAAACAGGAGCUGGCGCUACGGAACGCGUGCUGACGCAGCUGCUGACGGAGCUCGACGGAAUCCAACCGGUGAAGCGCCUGGUCGUUGUGGCGGCAACCAACCGCCCGGACGUGAUCGACCCGGCGCUGCUGCGCCCCGGGCGGUUGGACCGCCUAGUGUACGUGCCCCCGCCGGACGUGUUGUCCCGUCGGGAGAUCCUGCGGCUGUCUCUGGCCAAGGUGCCCUGCGCGGGCGACGUGGAGCACGAGGCGCUAGCGCGACGAACGGAGGGAUUUUCGGGCGCCGAGGUAGUGGCUCUUUGCCGAGAAGCAUCCAUCUGUGCGCUCGAAGAAGACAGAUCAGCUACGCAAGUCCGCCAAGCGCACCUCCUCGAGGCUUUGGGGCAGAUGCGACCGCAGAUCACGCCCGCGGUUCUGGCCUCGUAUGCCUCGUUUCAGAGGGGGGUGCGAUGA